CAGUUUUGUGUCAUCAGUGUCAUGUUUAUGUAGAGAGACACUCUUGAUGUAGAUAUACACUAAUAAGAUUUUACAAAAACAUAAGCACAAUACAUACUUUUAAGGAAAUAUUAAUAUUAAUUAAGAACUCAUUUUAUACCAUAGUAAGAUUUGUGAAAGUUAAGAAUUUUUUCAGUUAUCACGAGUACUUCCGGGCAUAUUGAAAAUGGUCUAUAAAAAUGAGUUCCAAGCAGUAGUGCUUGCUGGUGGUAAGGGUUCUCGUAUGACAGAGCUGACAGCUGGAAAGCCAAAAUGUUUACUACCCAUUGCUAACAUGCCAAUGGUCUGGUAUCCAUUGAAACUUUUGGAACAAUCUGGUUUCACGGAAGCUAUUGUCAUUGUAUCGGAAGCAGUGAAGAUGGACGUAACGACAGCUCUAGACAAGUAUGGUUUAAGCAUUAAACCAGAGGUUGUUGGAGUGCCAGAUGCAGAGGACAUCGGUACAGCAGACUCGCUUAGAUUUAUCCAUGAUAAAAUCAAGUCAGAUCUUGUGGUUGUGUCAACAGACUUUAUUGCCAACAUAGAUAUUUCUGAAACUCUAAAUCUGUAUCGUAAGCACAAUGCUAGUAUUACUGCGCUGAUUGUACAAACUCCUAAAGCACCUGAAGAUUUUGUCCAGCCUGGACCUAAAAAUAAACAAAAGCCAGAGAGGGAUCUUAUUGGUAUUGACAAUGAAACAGGUCGGAUUGUUUUUUUAGCUUCUGCAUCCGACUUUGAAGAUACGGUAACCAUGCCUGUUAAGCUAUUGAAGAAACAUCCUAAUUUUACUGUGUUCUCAAAGUUACUGGAUGCCCACUUGUAUGUAAUCAACAAGUGGGUGCUUGAUUUUUUAGUGCACCACAAAAACUUCAGUACUCUGAAGGGCGAAUUACUUCCUUACAUUGUAAAAAAGCAGUUGGAUAAGCCAAAAAUUUUUAAAGAUGAUAAAAACGCAUCUGUUGUCAAAUUGGAUACUACACAAGAUAUAUUUAGGUUUGCAGUGGAAAAACCUUUUAAUGAACUGAUUAUGCACAUGUCAGCCUAUAACGAUCAUGAUACAAACUUGGAGAGUGCUUAUAACAAGGAUGUGAUCAAGUGCUAUGCUCAAAUUGUGAAUGGAAAGUGUGGCUUGAGAGCAAACACUCUACAAAUGUAUUACUUGGCUAAUGCAUUGGCACAUGAAUGGUUUGACUUGAAAAAAGAGGGUGAAUCGACUUGUUCCAGCGUUUCGCUCGGUGCUACUGUAAAAAGUACACAAGUACAAAAUUGCAGAAUUGAUGAUAAUGCAAUGAUUAGUGAAAAAACUUCUUUGAAAUCGAGUUUCGUAGGUUGCAAUGUAAUAGUGGAACCAAAAACGAGAAUAUCAAAGAGUGUCAUCAUGAACAACGUUACAAUAAAAUCAAUGUGUGUUAUAGAGAACUGCAUCAUAUGUAAUGAUUGUGUUAUCAAUGAAGGUAGUCAACUAAAAGACUGCUUGGUUGGAGCCAAUCAUGUGGUGUCGGCAGAAAGUAAUCACUCUCGUGAAAUUUUAACUGAUAUUGAUAGGCUAAUGGAAAUUUAGUAGUUUAUAUUGAAAACUUGUGUGCUCAACAAACUAGCCGAGGUGUAAUGUGGUUCAUCGAGAGUCAAUACUUUUUGACUUUUUAGAGUUGACAGCCUUUUUAAGGCGUAUAUAAUUCUUUUAGUACUCUAAAUUACUGAAGUAAUGACGGGGCUGAUAAACUUUCAUAGUCGCAAGAUGACAAUAUACACACACGCCGGAAACGUGUGUUCGAGGAGUGUCAUGGCUAUCUUCUCUCUCCUCAACAUUGACAUCUUUCUGGCUCACACUAAAGCUUUCCAACAAGUCCUACCACGAUGACAGUGAGAAAUGUUGACAACAAGGAAUGAACAAUUUAGUGCGAAUAGUAAAGUAACGAAAAAUAUCAAGCAUUUUAUGUAUGAAAAAAUCAGAAAAAUGUCACGAGCAGUUUUUUGAAAUCAUUUCUUGUCUUUUUAAUACGUCCACAUACAUUAAAAUACAUAUUUUUUUUUAUUUUCGUGCUGCAACGUUACAAUGUUUUUGUACACUAUACAUGUACAGCUGUAUAUAGCUAAAUGGCAAUUAAAAAUAA